AUGAAAACAUGCAAGAUUUCAUUUUCUCCUAUCACUAUCUUAGGUUCAUUAUUAUGCAUUAUGGGUUAUGUAUAUGCUCAUGAUUCACCAAAAGACUAUGUUGAUGCACACAAUGUAGCAAGAUCAGAAGUGGGAGAACCAAGUUUGAUUUGGGACGAUUCUGUUGCAGCAUAUGCACAAAACUAUGCCAAUCAACGCCGAAAAGAUUGCCAGCUGAUCCAUUCACAUGGACCUUAUGGAGAGAACCUUGCAUGGAGUAGCAGUAAUGAAUUUUCAGGUGUAGAUGGUGUGAAAUUAUGGGUAGACGAAAAGGCAUACUUUGAUUACAUGUCAAACUCAUGUUCUGAUAACGAAAUGUGUGGUCAUUAUACUCAAGUGGUUUGGAAAAACACAUUGCGCGUUGGUUGUGCCAAAGUGAUUUGCGACAAUAAUGGAGGCACUUUCAUUAUUUGUAACUAUGAUCCUCCUGGCAAUUACAUUGGACAGAGACCUUACUAA